AUGCAGAAAUCAGUUACUACCGGUUUGGAGAUGCUGGAGAUGCAGUUUCUAAUUUGCAAUUCACCGAUGACCGACGAAGUUCAAGGUGUCUCAAACGUCGCCAUGGAACUCAGCGAAACUCUGAAACCUGCUCAUGUCAUGAACCACACGUGUAUCAUUGCUUCCUCCAAAGCCAAAUCUUAUGAGAGUGAAGUUUUCUACGCGGAUUCGAUUAUGCGAUCGAGGUUUGUGCACAGCUAUGAAAUUAGUGACAAAGUUCUUGUUAACACGCUGAAGAUUGUUUGUUGUAUUGUCUCGAUGCCCACUCGCCAACAUGAAGUUUCCUUUCAAGACGGGAUCAGCUUCACCGCAGCUCCGAUGUUUUACAUAAGUAGAGUACCAUCUCUAUUGUAUGGAAGAUCUUCACCUGGAUGGCCCAAUUUAAUUUGA